AUGGCCAUCAAGAUUCCAAAUUUACUAACCCAUUCUAAGCUAUGGAGAAUUGUGGGUAUUUUGUCAAGUGUAGUUGCACUUGUCUGUUAUGCUCUGAGCUCAUCUUUUAAUUAUCUAUUCGGAAAAUGGAAUGUUUUAAAGAUGGUUCUGUAUGUUGUGGUGAGUUGCAGUGUCUGUGGCGUGAUGUUGUUUGCUACAAGAUGGCAAGUUUCAAGAAACACCUUGAUGAAAGCUCAUGUAGUGUUUUUGGCUUUGAUCAUCACCUCUUUAUACUCAUUUUUCUACGAUAAAGCUGUGAAUGGAAAACCAGAUAUUCUUAGCCUCAUUUCAAGUGGGGCUUUCGCUUUGAUGUCACUUAGCUUCUCUAGACAAACUGACCUUGGAUUCGAAGUGGGUGUGUGUAAUUUCUUUCUUGGGUGCCUUACUGUGCAACUAACGAAGAUCAACUUGAUGCUCGCUUUUGUGGCAGCGUUUUUCUGUUAUUCCAUCAUUGUUCUUCGUUCCUAUUCUGAUUUCCAGCUAGAGAAACGCAAUGUUGUCCAAGACCAUGUAACCGUGGAAAUUGUUACUUGUGCAAAUGGAGUAGAAACACCAUCUCACCAUGAGAAUGGAAUGGAUGGCGACAACUCUAGCUCAUCCACUAAUUCUUAUGUGAAGUUUAGCAUCAAGUCAUUCAGGAUACCAGAGCUUUAUAUCGAGAUUCCUGAAACAAAUACGGUUCAUUCACUUAAGAGGACAGUCAUGGAGGCAGUUACAUCUAUACUCGAAGGGGGAGUGUGUGUUUGUUGA